AUGACUUCUUACUUUGCGGCCGUGCCCAACAUCCCAGAGCAGAAGCUGCUGAAUCUCAAGGUGGCGGCUCCCUGUGUGCUCUACAAGUCCAAGAUCGAGGCCCUCUUCGCCGCUCACUACUUCAAGCUGGGGCGGUCGCUCGGCUUCACGCCGUCUGAUUCGUCUCCGAACGACGAUCGUCUGGCCUCCGCCAAGGUCGCUCGGACGCUGGAAAAGCCCAUGGCGAUUUUGGAGGUCAGGCUGGGCCCAGAAAUCCAGGAAGCGUUCGCCAGCGGAAAAUUGUCGCCGAGUGGCAAGGUCCUCCACCUCAAUGUCCCGAUGGUCGUUCAGGGCGACUCCUCAAGGAGUGUACAGCUGUUGGGCCAUCCGAUGAUCAAGGACAUCUAUCUCCACUGUGAGCAGGUCUUCUCCACGGACGACAAGGUCGCUCCACAGCCCGAGGAGGUGCCACCGAAUCAUCUGAUGAUGUUCUGGUUGGUGCUCAAGGCAACAGCCUCUCAAGAUGCAAUUCCGGGCCAAUCCGAUGUCCACGAGGGGCUCUUCAGAUACCUUCAGAAAAACACGAAGCCCGCCGCACGAAAAGAGGAAGAUGGAGCAGGCACAACGUGGGUUCUCUUCACAACACCAGUGUCGAGCCUUCUGGCCUACCAUGCUCAGCAGAAGGCCACAAAAGAAAACCAUGAUGCUGAGCAGUGUGAGGUCCUCCUCUACAAGUUUGGCCUCUCCCUGCAAUCUCUCUUGGAACCCGACGAAGGCAUUACAACCAGCAACAUGCCCUUCGAGUCGUCCUUGUUCGGCGACUACUGGUCGAUCAGAGGAGAGGAUUCGAAGCUGGCGGCCUUUCUGUCCAAGGCCGCUCUAGAGACGGAGUACAAAGGCAAGGUCAUCCGUGCCGGCCUCUCUGUGAUCCCUGCAGAUCGUCGUUUCUCCGAGCCACUCGAUGUGAGAGCGCAAGACCGCUUGGAGGAUUUGGAUGACACGAUCAACAUGUACAGCGAGAGGCGCCAAAAGCUGGCUGAUUCUGAGUGA